AUGGUCAUCGAGGUCCUCAGAUCUCGCGCCGGCGCGGACCUCGACCUCGCCUCCUCGACUCGCCGACUCGCCGACAUGGCCGACCUCGUCCCGCACAUCUACCACGAGACGCAAGAGGCGGGCAGCAUGCUCUGCGGCCAGCACGCGCUCAACAACCUCUUGCAGUCGUCGCUGUUCACCGCUCCCGACCUUGCCGACAUUGCGCGGCAGCUCGACGCGCUCGAGCAGGCGCAGCUCGACCCGGGCGUCCGACUCCGAGGCGACGAGGACGGCCUGGGCGGGAGCGCCAACUACGACGACAGCGGCUUCUUCAGUGUCCAGGUCAUGGAGGAGGCGCUCAAGGUGCUCGGCCUCAGCCUCGUCAGGUGGGGCAGCAAGGAGAUGGUCCACGUGCACAACCACCCCGAGAACAUGGACGGCUUCCUCCUCAACCACCAGCUGCAUUGGUUCUCGGUCCGCCGGUUCGGCACGGCCGACCGCUUCUACAACCUCGACUCGUGCAUCCCUCAGCCGCAGUGGGUCUCGGCCAUGUACCUCGGCCUGACGCUGCGCGAGGCGGAACGUCAAGGCUACUCGAUCUUUGCCGUCGUGCCCUCGCCCGAUGCCGGCAUCACCGGCCUCCCUCCCUGCUCCGCCGCCGACCUCGCCCUCUCGCUCCCCGAGCCGCGCGGCACGGACGGCUUCCCGUCGCACCACGGCAACGGCAACGGCGCGUCGACCUCGGGCGCCCGCAACGGUGCGCAGCACACCUACUUCGGCGGCAACGGCCAGUCGCUCGCCGGCGCCGGCUCGUCGUCGUCGUCUGCAGCCGCCGGGUUCGCGCCUUCGGGCUCGUUGGGCGCGGUCGCCGGCGCUUCGAGCGCACGCAAGGGCAAGCGGCCCGCGUCGACGGACCCGCACCGCAUGGACGAGGACGGCGGCGACGACGAGGACGACGUCGUCAUCGUCGAGGGCCCGGACGGCGGCUCGAGCGCGAGCACGAGUGCGAGCGGGAGGCGUCAGAGGCAGCGCAGGAGGGUCGGCGACGGACCGCUGCGCGAUGCGGCUGCGGACGGCACGGCUGGGCUCGGUGGAGCGGGACCGGGUCCGGGCGAGGAGAUGAGCGAGGAGGACAUGAUGGCGGCGGCGAUUGCGGCGAGCUUGAGGGUAAGCAGCUCGGCGGCGAGCGACGCCGGUGGGAGCACGGGAGGAGGAGCAGGCGGCGGCCUGCAGCCCUCGCAGUCUCGCGCCGCCCAGUCCGAGGAGGACGAGUUCCAGCGUGCGCUCCAGGCGAGCUUGGCCGAGGCGGGAGGAGCGCAGGGCGCGUCGGAGGAGCCCGAGGAGGAGGACAGUCCGUCGCUCGAGGAGCUGAGGAGGAGGAGGGCGGCGCGCUUUGGUUGA